AUGCCAGCAGUUCGUUUACAACCAAGCGGAAGUCAUACCGGGGCCGCUCAUGUAAACAUUGAUCUGCAUGGCCUGGAGCUUGCCGUUGUAGAACUGGAGAACCUCGAGAGUAUCACCGGUGGCGUUCAUGGGAGAAAGAACAGGCAGAGUUGCCUUAGCCUUCAUCUCGGCGACCCACACAUCCUGAGCAGCCUGCGCCUCGGACAUCCUGUCAGGGAUGAAGGCAGAAACGUUGCCGUUGUAGGGGUAGACCUUGCCGGGGAUCAUGCCGCUGGUGACAAUGAAUCCCAGUUCCUCGUCAAUAACCAAGUUCACACGAGCAUUGUCGUCAGUAGGGUGGCUGGUAGGCCAGCUGCAGCCGAGAGUCUCGGUGGUGCCGUUUCCGUACACUCCAGUGUCGACAACCUUCCAGCCGAGCUCAGUAAACUGGCAGUUGUCAUCGACAAUAACUUCCGUCUUGCUAGAAGUAGCAAACAGAGCUUUGCUCACAGCCUUGAGGGUCUUACGGCUAUCCUUGGUGCGACUAGCCGGGGGCAUCAUAAGAGAGUUGUAGUUGGACGGAAGCUGAGUAGAGUUGAAGGAGAAGCCGUGAUCACCACGGUUACGGUUGAGGAACAACUCGAGUUCGGUGAUCUUCUGGUUGACAACCGCAAUACGACCACGAAGAAUGGAUAA